GUGGGAGGAAGAGAGGUUUGAAGAGGUGGUGCGUGCGGCCAAGGGAAGGAGAUUGACAGUUAGUGAACGAAUGUUCUUGGAAGAUUGGUAUCGCCGUCAAAACCCUAACAACUGGAAAAGGCCGAGGUACGAAAGGUGGAGACGAGAGUUGUCAACAUUCAAUGGAGCUGAGCCAGACGCAUGGCUCAAGCAAGAUCUUGCAUAUUUCAUCCUCGAAGAUCUACCAAUGAAGGAUUGGGUAAAGUAUGCAUCAAAUUAUUUUGACGGAGGGGCCGAUGUUUGGUGGCGAUGGAUCUACCACAACCGCCGCGAGCCAACUCGAUGGGAAGAUUUUAAGAAAGAGCUCGUCGCACGGUUCAACACCCCGAUCUAUUGCCAUUACGAUGAGGCUCCCUCGCAUAAAUGGAAGAAAGGCAGCUUGCCUAAUUACCAACGAGAAUUCAUGGGCCACACCCAAGUCAAGAAGGAUAUGCGAGCAAGUGGCAAGGCCCAAGGCGAGUCCAAGAAGGAGACGGAGGUCGAAUUGUUCGAGUGGUCUGAUCGUUGUGAGAAGAGUUUCCAAGAGCUGAAGAAGAAGCUUACAUCAACUCCAGUGCUGAUUAUCCCUGAUCCUACUAGAAGUUUCACUAUUUAUAGUGAUGCUUCGAAAAGGGGUCUUGGAUGUGUACUCAUGCAAGAUGGUCAAGUUGUUGCAUAUGCGUCGCGACAAUUAAAACCGCAUGAGCAGAAUUAUCCAACUCAUGAUUUAGAGUUGGCAGCAGUAGUGCACGCACUCAAGAUUUGGAGGCAUUAUCUCUGUGGUGGCCAGUGUGAAAUAUUCACUGAUCACAAGAGUUUGCAAUAUAUAUUCACUCAGAAGGAGCUCAAUAUGCGCCAAAGAAGAUGGUUGGAGCUUGUGAAGGAUUAUGAUUGCACUAUCCAAUAUCAUCCGGGGAAGGCAAAUGUGGUAGCAGAUGCCCUAAGCCAUAAGGUAAAGGGUGGAUUGGCAUGUUGUAUCACUCAACAGAAUCAACUUAUUAAAGA